UAUCUUCCUUCAUUAAGCAACACCAACACAACCAUUAGUAACAACACGCAAUAUACAAGAAAAACGCAAUAUAACAUUAUUAUUACUAUAACAAUAAUAUUAUUGUUAUUAUUACUACAUAUCAGUAUUUUCUUUAGAACAAGAAUGAAUAAGUUCAAGUGUACGUUCCUCUCUUUUAGUAGUAUCUGACUUCAAGUUCUCUUUGCAUUUGUUGGACAUAUGAAGCAAUGAAAGUGAGAGACUGAGAGGGUUGAUCAAAUUCAAUUAUGCGAACUCUUUGUGACGCUUGUGAGAGCGCCGCUGCUAUUGUUUUUUGCGCUGCGGAUGAGGCUGCGCUAUGCAGUGCCUGUGAUGAGAAGGUUCACAUGUGUAAUAAGCUAGCUAGCCGGCAUGUAAGGGUUAGUCUUGCAAGUCCAAGUGAUGUUCCUCGCUGUGACAUUUGUGAGAAUGCACCUGCCUUCUUCUAUUGCGAGACAGAUGGAACUUCCCUUUGUUUGCAGUGUGAUAUCAUUGUUCAUGUUGGAGGUAAAAGAACACAUGGAAGAUACCUUCUUUUUAGGCAAAGAAUUGAGUUUCCAGGAGAUAAACCUGGUCAUGCAGAAAGCCCAGUUUCCCAUCCUUUGAAUCCAGGUGGGACUAAGAGAGGAGCAAAUCCACUACCCCAAAUGAAAUUGGGAGAAAUACAACAAAAUCACAGGAUGGUUCCAUCAUCAGAAGCUGAUGCAAUGAGGGAAACCAAAAUGAUUGACUUGAACAUGAAGCCUCACAAAAUUGACGAACAAACAUCAAAUAAUCAGCCAUAAAUGUAAAUAUGGCAGGACUCUAGCACCAGAAAUCUUCAGAAGGACAAGGUUUCAAUAAUAUAAUUUAUAUAUGGCAUGCUAGUUACAAGGUUGCAGCACCAAGUCAUUUGAGAAGUAUGUUCAUAUAUUGGUGGUUUAAUCGACCAUUUCUGUAAUAUGUACUGCAGAGCAUCAUUAACACAAAAUCCUCUAAUCCCCUUGCUAUAAAUUUUGUGAUAACUUAAGUUGAUUUAGCCAAAUUAACCACCUUAUAUUAAUGGAGCCUCUGAAUUUGUUGAUACACAAUCUGGUUCCUUCUUUGAUGAUUGAGACACAUGUUCCGCUCCCUCUGCCAAACGUGCCAACGAAUCGGCUAUGGAAAAUGGUGUGACACUUCUGGAUUUUGGGUUUGCGGGUGGAGAACACCCUUCUGGAUUUUUGUUUUCCUGAUCUUCUUUUUUUUUUUUCUUUUAUGUUUUUUAUUUUUCUGAUGUGUGAUAAAGAAAGGGGGUGCAAAUAGCAAAUACAUGUUAAAGGGGUGCCAAUAGUAGGCCAGGUAAGCAACCUCCGUCAAAUGUUUAACGGACACUAACGACAUAACCAAAAUUGCACAAAAAAAUAAUUCAAGGACUAAAAUCGUACGUUUUAAAGAUUUGAGACCCAAAUCGCACAAUCAUGAUAGAUAAGGGACUUAAACUGUUAUUAAGCCAAACUUAUAUUAUGAAUGUUUUCUUAAUAAUCAUAUAUUCCUAUUUAUUUUACCUUACUAUUUAAAAAUAAUAUCUUCUCAGACCGUUUCUUUUCUUCUUUCAUUCAAUUUCCAUUUCAAAGCUUUGGCCUUUGUGUGUUGUGCUGUGUUUUCCUUCACGUAAACGCCGUUAGAAGCUGUCUAUUUUCCAUCCAUCCAUUUUCAAUUUCCAUUUCAAAGCUUUGUGUGUUGUGCUGUGUUUUCCUUCACGUAAACGCCGUUAGAAGCUGUCUAUUUUUCCAUCCAUCCAUUUUAAAAUUCCAUUUUUCCCUUCAUUUUCAUCCCUCCUUUUUCUCUCCCUUUUCCCUUUCUCUUCCACUCUAGGGGUUUUCAAUCUUCCUCAAAUUCCCAAUUCAACGACGUCGUUUCAAGAUGAAACCCCCCAAGAACCACCGCAGUCCACAAAGGAACGAGAGUGAGGAACAGCGAUGGGGUUGAAUCCCCUGGCCUCACGCACCUCGUUGAAGCUCUUGUUCAACAAGGCCUCUACAAUGUCCGCAAUGUCUGCGUUCCUCAAAGCUUGCUAUAUUUGGUUUGUGGGUUCUCAUAAUCAUCGACAUUCUCAUGGUGGACGCUCUCUUGGUGGUUACGGCAGCCGUGCUCUGCACCCUCGCGCGCAAGAAUGCUGCCCUCGAGAUGCUCAAUAACUCAUAAGAAGCUAUCCUGUGCCAAUCAUAGUUAUCGAUCGCGCGCGAUAGUGGCGCUAUAGCACCAUCGCGUAGCGGACCUCUGCCGUGACGGAAUUGCGGCGUGAAAUCCCGCUAUUUGUGGCCAAUAGCGGCCUUCAUUUUAGGGGGUCAUCAGCGACAGACCGCUAUUCGCGAUUAAGAAGAAGCUAUCUGUAUCAAUGUGUAAUUCGCAACUGUCUAGUGAAUGGAAAGCCACUUGAAUUGAAGCAUUGCAUUGGAUAUCAACCCUUUUAAGCAUACAUUGUACUGAGGUUUUGACAUACCUUGAUGACAUAUUUGACACCCUACUCAAAGCACUUUCUGAUCCAUCUGAUGAGGUCUCUCGAAGUGCCUAGGACUUUCUUUCUAAACUUUGUUGCUGUAACUGCUAUACCUCAAGAGUUGAUCUACAUAUCAGGUUGUGCUUUGAGUUCUUGAUGUUCAUGCGUGCAUUGCAAGAGAUCCUCAGCACUUCCGACUAGUGCACAGUUUUCGGCUAGAUAAUUCUCUUUUGGAGAAGCGUGGUGCUUUGAUAAUCCGCCGUCUUUGUGUUCUUUUGAAUGCCUAGAGAGUCUACCGGGAAGUUUCGACAAUACUAGAAGGAGAAUCAGAUUUGGAUUUUGCAUCACUUAUGGUUCAGGCUCUGAAUUUGAUCUUACUUACAUCAUCGAAAUUAUCUGAGAUUCGAGAUCUUUUGAAGCAAUCACUGGUUAAUCCUGCACGGAAGGACUAGUAUGUGUCUCUGUAUGCCUCUUGGUGUCAUUCUCCAAUGGCAAUUAUAAGUCUUUGCUUUUUAGCACAGACAAUGCAGUGCUGUGAUUCAAUUUCUGGUUGAGGAGGAUAUACAUGUCAAGUUUCUGGUCCAUCUGGAUUAAUUGAUUCGCUUGAUGGAAACUCCAAUCUUUGCUUAUCUUAGAUUACAGAUUUUGUUAUUCCAGAAGGAUGGUUCCAUUUCUUUCAGCAGUUCAUUUAGAUGUUUGUGUAUAGUGGAGCUCUAAACUUUAAUCCUUGGAGAUAGAUGAAAUUUUAAAUGAGGCUUUUGUCCAUUGCAGAAGAGACUUUAGCAGAAUUAAUAUUUAAGGCUACAUUUGGAACUACUGUUGAGCGAGUCCUGAUGCCUGAAAUGAAGGUUGCCGAAAUUCUUUACUCAUAGGCCUUCUCGGUAUUGUGAUAACCAAGCAGUCGACAUUUUGAAUGUGCUUCCCACAGACAACGGUGGAAACUUAGAGCUUCUUUUCAUGCAGGUAAAGCUACUUAGUGUGUAAGAAUGAUGGGGGUGUGCGCUACAAAUCUGGAACAGGUAAGAGGAUGGUUUUCUAUAUCCUUGAAGCUUGGAAUUAGACAAGCAAGCUCGCUGUGCAUAGAUAACAUUAAAUCUUGUUGAUUUAUUUGGGAUUGACGACAUUAGGAUAUUGGAACCAUUGGGUCGAAUAGUUGCCAUUAGACGGUGUUGAAUAAAUUCUUGGUGGGAUGAUGUUCUUCCUUGGAAGAGGUGGCGAUCAGCGGUGGAAGGACAGAAAUUGUGCUUGCUCAGGACGUAACUCACCUGAAAACAACUGAAUUUAUAGUGCUGGUCUAAUCUUUCUUCAAAUUCUUUUUCAAAAUAUUUUUUCAUGUACUGAUCUGCGCCAUCCACCAAAGGCUUUGAAAGAGCUACAUUCUGUUGCUUGAAUCUUUGCAAAAGCCUUUUACGUCGAAAUCGAGUUAUUUUAUGUAAAAUUGAUGGGUCCGAGAGGAGAGAUUGACAUUCAAGGAGUUCUGCCUGCGUGAUGAGUAAAAGAAUGCAGAGGAGGUAUGCCGGUGUCCUGCUCAAGAACGUUCGCCAGUGUGUAAUCAAGAACAUGAUACCGAUGGGAUGUGUAAUCUUUGCAUUCUCCGACCAAUGACAGGAUUUACCUUGUUUUGGAUUAUUGUGGUGAUGGAGACCCUGCUGCUUACAUCAGUUGCCAUGGCAGAGUUUCUGAAAUCCAUUGCUCACCAUUUCAUGUGGCAAUUAGAACUUACUGUUGGCAACUACUGCAGCUACACCAAUUAUGAAAAUAGGAGAUUUUGGGUUUGCCAGUGCCUUGAUUUAUUGUUAUACUAGGUUCGCACCCCAGCAGUUGGCAGAUACACUAUGUGAUUAAGUUGUAGAUUGUGCGGAAGAGGUUGAAGCAACGUGAGAUCGUGGCACUUCUAAGUAUGUCGAGCAUGGGUGUUGCUAGCAUUGAAAUGGGGCACAAAAGGCCAAUGGUUGGCUCAAAACUCUGGCUUUGAUGAACUGCACUCACAGCACUGACCAGGGCUCUAAAGGGUCGUUGAAGAAAACACUCUCAUUAACAAGUGCCUUGAUUUAUUGUUGUACUAGGUUCGCACCCCAGCAGUUGGCAGAUACACUAUAUGAUUCACCUUAUCACAUGGCUGCAAUGGUAAUUGAAAGUCAAAAGUAUGAGGCCAUGGUGCAGGCUGAUUUAUGGAGUGUUGGGGCAAUAUUGUAUCAGCUAGUGAUUGGGAGGCAACCAUUCAAUAGAAAUAUCAAUUUUGCAGCUUUUUUCAAAUUAUUUUGUCAUGUACUGAACUGCACCUUCCACCAAAGGCUUUGAAAGAGCUACAAUCUGAUUGCUUGAAUCUUAGCACAAGCCUUUUACAUCGAAAUCCAGUUAGAGCUCAUUUAGAAAACUUUUCCGAACUUGGACUUCAACGUGCAGAGGAAAGAUUGACAUUGAAGGAGUUCUCCAAUCACAAUUUUCUACGGGAUCUCAGGUCAUAUUUUUCUUCUAUUUUCAAUUUCAAUUCAUGUAUCCAUGUUUCAUUUUCUUUCCAUGUUAGGGCUACUUGUUGUAGUCUCAUAUUCUUAGCUUAUAGGUGAUAGGUCAGUGGUGAAUAUUGAGCAGUCUCAGUUAUAUCAGUCAGAAAGGUCAAUGGUUCAUCAAGUAGAUGGCUCUGCCUCUGAUCAGAUGUCUUUGUUACAUUUAUAGUGUCAGGCUGAGUCAUUUACAGAUGAUCCAGUGGUAGUUAGCUUAAAUGCCGAUACCAUGCUUUUGGAAACACAUAAUUUUGAUUAGAAGGACAUUAUAAUUGUGAUUUCUGGGAAAUGAUAAAUCACAAAUCACCGAUGCAUCCCAAUAUAGUGAGGUUGCUUUAGGUGAUCAUGAGCCAUGUGAUUUCGGAACCACAUAAUUGUGAUUGGAGGGAAAUUAUAAAUCACAGAUUACCGAGGCAUCCCAAUAUAGUGAGGUUGCUUGAGAUUAUCGUGACCCAUUGAUUUGGAAACACAAUUGUGAUUGGAGGGAAAUUAUAAAUCACAAAUCACUGAGGCUUCCCAAUAUGGUGAGAUUCUUUGAGGUGAUGCUGCCCCAUGUGAUUUCGAAAACACAUAAUUGUGAUUAUUGGAGGGAAAUUACAAAUUACAGAUCACCGAUGAAUCCCAAUAUAGUGAGGUUGCUUGAGGUGAUCACGAUCCAUGUGAUUUCGGAAACACAAUUGUUAUUGGAGGGAAAUUAAAUCACCCUAAAACGAGAAUGAUUAGAGAAUGUUAAUCAUGUGAACAACAAACCUAAAGUCGCAAGAAUGCUAAUUUGAGGGCUGUCACUUUUAAUUGAAAUCAUCAAUGCGAGUCCCUAAAACGAGAUGGUUAAUGAAGUGAACAAUAAGACCCUAAAGUCGCGAGAAUGCUAGUUCUGAUUAUGUACCCUUGUUGCCAUCCAGAUAAUGAUAAUUUGAGGGCUGGCCCUUUUGAUGUGAAUCAUCAAUGCGGGUCCUUAAAACGAGAAUGCUAAUUCUGAUUAUGGACCCUUGUAUACUUUAGAAAUAUGAUAAUUUGAAUGCUGACCCUUUGGAUGAGAAUCAACAAUGCGAGUCUCUAACACGAGAUGGUUUAUUAUGUGAACAAUGACACUGAAGUUGCGAGAUUGCUAAAUCUGGUUAUGGACCCUUGUUGCCUUUCGAGUUAUGAUAAUUUGAGGUCUGACACUUUUGACGGAAAUCAUUAAUGCGAGUCAGUAAAACAAGUCCCUAAAGCGAAAUGGUUAAUCAUGUGAAUGAUGACCCUAAAGUAGUGAGAUGGCUAAUUUUCAUCCUUGUUGCUUUUCGGAUAAUGAUAAUUUAGAGCUAACCCUUUUGAUGGAAAUCAUCAAUGCGAGCCCCUAAACAAAUCCCUAUAACGAGACAGUUAAUCUUGUGAACAAUGAUGACCUUAAAGCCAUUUGAUUGCUAAUUCUGAUUAUUGACCCUUGUUACCUUUUUAAUUAGAAUUUGAGAGAAGACCCUUCUGACGAAAAUCAUCAUUGCGAGCCUUUUGACGAAAAUCAUCAUUGCGAGCCUUUUGACGGAAUUUGAGAGAAGACACUUCUGAUUGUAGACCCUUAUUGCCUUUCGGAUAAUGAUUAUUUGAGGGUUGACCCUUUUGAUGGAAAUCAAUAAAGUGAGUCCCUAAAAUGAGAUGGUAAAUCAUGUGAACAAUGACUCUAAAGUCGUGAGAAUGCUAAUUCUUAUUAUGGACCCUUGUUGCCUUUCGGAUAAUGAUAAUUUGAGAGAUGACCCUUUUGACGGAAAUCAUCAUUGCGAGCCCCUAAGUUUAGUCCCUAAAUUCUGAAGGUUAAUCAUGUGAACAAUGAUACCAAAGUCGUGAGAUUGCACAUUCAGAUUAUGAGUUUAUGACCCUUGUUGCCUUUCAAAUAAUGAUAAUUUGAGGGCGGACACUUUUUAUGGAGAUCAUCAAUGCGAGUCCUUAAAACGAGAUGCUUAAUGAAGUGAACACUAAGACCCUAAAGUCCCAAGAAUGCUAUCUCUGAUUAUGGACCCUUGUUGCCUUUUGAAUAAUAAUUUGAGAGAGAACCCUUUUGACGGAUAUUAUCAAUGCGAGUCCCUAAAAUAAGUCCCUAAAUCAUGAUGGUUAAUCAUGUGAACAAUGAUACCAAAAGUCGUGAGAAUGAAAAUACUUAUUAUGGACAGUUGUUUGUUUUCGAAUGAUGAUAAUUUGAGGUCUGACCCUUUUGACGGAAAUCAUUAAUGUGAGUCCAUAAAACAUGUCCUUAAAGCAAAAUGGUUAAUCAUGUGAACAUUAACCCUAAAGUAGUGAGAUGGCUAAUUCUCAUUAUGGACCCUUGUUGCCUUUCGGAUAAUGAUAAUUUAGGGGCUGACACUUUUGAUGGAAAGCAUCAGUGGAAUUCCCUAAACAAGUCCCUAAAUCAAGAUAGUUAAUCAUGUGAACAUCCUAAGGCCGUUAGAUUGCUAAAUUUGAUUAUUUACCCUUGUUGCCUUUUUAAUAAUAAUUUGAGUGAUGACCCUUUUGAUGGAAAUCAUCAUUGCGAGCCCCUAAACUUUGAGGAUUAAUCAUGUGAACAAUGAUACCAAAAGUUGUGAGAUUGCAAAUUCAGAUUAUGGACCCUUGUUGGCUUUCGACUGAUGAUAUUUUGAGGGCAGGCCCUUUUGAUGGAAAUCAUCAAUGUGAAUCUCUAAAAUUAAAUAGUUAAUCUUUUAAACAAUGAACCUAAAGUCGCAAUAAUGCUAAUACUAAUUAUGGACCCUUGUUGCGAUUUGAAUAAUAAUUUGAGAGAUGACCCUUUUGACAGAUAUUAUCUAUGCGAGUUCCUAAAUUAUGAUGGUUAAUCAUGUGAACAAUGAUAUCCAAAGUCGUGAGAAUGAAAAUUCUUAUUAUGGACUGUUGUUGGUUUUCGAAUGAUGAUAAUUUGAGGUCUGACCGUUUUGACCGAAAUCAUUAAUGCGAGUCCAUAAAACAAGUCCCUAGAGUGAAAUGGUUAAUCAUGUUAACAAUGAACCUAAAUUCGUGAGAUGGCUAAUUCUCAUUAUGGACCAUUGUUGCCUUUCGGGUAAUGAUAAUUUGAGGGCUGACCCUUUUGAUGGUAAUCAUCAAUGCGAGUUCGUAAAAUUAGUCCCUAAAACGACAUGGUUAAUCAUGUGCACAAUGACCAUGAUGUAGUGAGAAUGCUAUUCUGAUAAUCAUUUGCAGGUUGUCAUUUUUUAUGGAAAUCUUCAAUAGUAAUUGCUAAAACAAGAUGGUUAAUCAAUGUACCUUAAGUUGUGAGAAUGAUAAUUCUGAUUAUGGACCCUUGUUGCCUUUCGGAUAAUGAUAAUUUGAGAGAUGACCCUUUUGACGGAAAUCAUCAUUGCGAGCCCCUAAGUUUAGUCCCUAAAUAUUGAAGGUUAAUCAUGUGAACAAUGAUACCAAAGUCUUGAGAUUGCACAUUCAGAUUAUGAGUUUAUGACCCUUGUUGCCUUUCAAAUAAUGAUAAUUUAAGGGUGGACACUUUUUAUGGAGAUCAUCAAUGCGAGUCCUUAAAACGAGAUACUUAAUGAAGUGAACACUAAGACCCUAAAGUCCCAAGAAUGCUAUCUCUGAUUAUGGACCAUUGUUGCCUUUUGAAUAAUAAUUUGAGAGAGAACCCUUUUGACAGAUAUUAUCAAUGCGAGUCCCUAAAAUAAGUCCCUAAAUCAUGAUGGUUAAUCAUGUGAACAAUGAUACCAAAAGUCGUGAGAAUGAAAAUACUUAUUAUGGGCCGUUGUUUGUUUUCGAAUGAUGAUAAUUUGAGGUCUGACCCUUUUGACGGAAAUCAUUAAUGUGAGUCCAUAAAACACGUCCUUAAAGCAAAAUGGUUAAUCAUGUGAACAUUAACCCUAAAGUAGUGAGAUGGCUAAUUCUCAUUAUGGACCCUUGUUGCCUUUCGGAUAAUGAUAAUUUAGGGGCUGGCACUUUUGAUGGAAAGCAUCCGUGGAAUUCCCUAAACAAGUCCCUAAAUCAAGAUAGUUAAUCAUGUGAACAAUGAUCCUAAGGCCGUUAGAUUGCUAAAUUUGAUUAUUUACCCUUGUUUCCUUUUUAAUAAUAAUUUGAGUGAUGACCCUUUUGACGGAAAUCAUCAUUGCGAGCCCCUAAACUUUGAGGAUUAAUCAUGUGAACAAUGAUACCAAAAGUUGUGAGAUUGCAAAUUCAGAUUAUGGACCCUUGUUGGCUUUCGACUGAUGAUAAUUUGAGGGCAGGCCCUUUUGAUGGAAAUCAUCAAUGUGAAUCUCUAAAAUUAAAUAGUUAAUCUUUUAAACAAUGAACCUAAAGUCGCAAUAAUGCUAAUACUAAUUAUGGACCCUUGUUGCGAUUUGAAUAAUAAUUUGAGAGAUGACCCUUUUGACAGAUAUUAUCUAUGCGAGUCCCUAAAUUAUGAUGGUUAAUCAUGUGAACAAUGAUACCCAAAGUCGUGAGAAUGAAAAUUCUUAUUAUGGACUGUUGUUGGUUUUCGAAUGAUGAUAAUUUGAGGUCUGACCCUUUUGACCGAAAUCAUUAAUGCGAGUCCAUAAAACAAGUCCCUAGAGCGAAAUGGUUAAUCAUGUUAACAAUGACCCUAAAUUAGUGAGAUGACUAAUUUUUUCUAAGGACCCUAUUGCCGUUCAGAUUCUUAUAAUUUGAGGGCUGACCCUUUUGAUGGAAAUCAUUAGUGGGAGUCCCUAAACAAGUCCCUAAAAUGAGAGAGUUAAUCUUGUGAACUAUGAUGACCUUAAAGCAAUUCGAUUGCUAAUUCUGAUUAUUGUCCCUUGUUGCCUUUUUAAUUAUAAUUUGAGAGACGAUCCUUUUGACGGAAAUCAUCAUAGCGAGCCCCUAAUCUAUGAUGGUUAAUCAUGUGAACAAUGAUACCAAAAGUCGUGAGAAUGGAAAUUCUUAUUGUGGACCGUUGUUGGUUUUCGAAUGAUGAUAAUUUGAGGUCUGACCGUUCUGACGAAAAUCAUUAAUUAGAGUCCAUAAAACAAGUCCCUAAGUGAACAAUGAACCUAAAGUCGUGAGAUGACUAAUUCUCAUUAUGGACCCUUGUUGCCUUUCGGGUAAUGAUAAUUUGAGGGCUGACCCUUUUGAUGGUAAUCAUCAAUGCGAGUUCGUAAAAUUAGUCCCUAAAACGACAUGGUUAAUCAUGUGCACAAUGACCAUGAUGUAGUGAGAAUGCUAUUCUGAUAAUCAUUUGCGGGUAGUCAUUUUUUAUGGAAAUCUUCAAUAGUAAUUGCUAAAACAAGAUGGUUAUUCAAUGUACCUUAAGGCGUGAGAAUGUUAAUUCUGAUUAUGGACCCUUGUUACCUUUCGGAUAAUGAUAAUUUGUGGGUUGACCGUUUUGAUGGAAAUCGUUAAAGUGAGUCCCUAAAACGAGAUGGUAAAUCAUGUGAACAAUGACUCUGAACUCGUGAGAAUGCUAAUUCUUAUUAUGGACCCUUGUUGCCUUUUGGAUAAUGAUAAUUUGAGGGUUGACCCUUUUGAUGGAAAUCAUUAGUGUGUCCCUAAAACGAGAUGGUGAAUCAUGUGAACAAUGACCUUAAUGUCGUGAGAAUGCUAAUUCUGAUUGUAGACCCUUGUUGCCUUUCAUAUAAUGAUAAUUUGAGGGUUGACUCAAAUUUGGUGGCAGACUAGUUUUCUACCAAGGUACCUUUCUUUGUUGUUUUUUGUCUUUGUCUAUUUCCUUUAUUGUUUUCUUUGAAACCUUGUAUGUGUAUGUCCGACCUUACGAAAGCACGUGUUGUUUCUCCUAGGCUCUUGACCAUUGCAGAAGAGACUUUAGCAGAAUUAAUUUUUAAGGCUACAGUUGGAACUGCUAUUGAGUGGGUCCUGAUGCUUGAAAUGAAGGCCUUCUCCGUAUUGUGGUAACCAAGAAGUCGACAUUUUGAAUGUGCUUCCCGUAGACAAUGGUGGAACCUUAGAGCUUCUUUAUAUGCAGAUGGUUUUCUAUAUCCUUGAUGCUUGGAAUUAGACGAGCAAGAUCGCUGUGCAGGGAUAACUUCAAAUCUUGUAGAUUUAUUUGAUUUUGUUAUUCCGGAGGGAUGGGUCAUUUCUUCCAGCAGUUCAUUUAGAUGUUCAUGUGUAUAGUGGAGCUCUAAACUUCAAUCCUUUCAUAUAGUUGGAACCUGAAACGAGGUUAGUCCAUUCCUUAUUAUAUCAUAUCUUGUAAAUCAAUAGACUUUUCUGUAUUGAUAAUUUAAGGGCUGACCCUUUUGCUGAAAAUUAUCAAUGCGAGUAGCUUAGACGAGAAGGUUAAACAUGUGAAAAAUGACCCUAAAGUCGUGGAAUGCUUAUUUUGAUCUUAAACCCUAGUUGUCAUUUCAAAAAUGAUAAUUUGAGUCCCGACCCUUUUGACGGAAAUCAUGAAUGUGAGUCCAUAAAUCGGAUCCCUAUGACGCGAUGGUUAAUGACGUGAACAAUGACCCUAAAGUCGUGGGAUGACUAAUUCUCAUUAUGGACCCUAGUUGCCUUUCAGAUAAUGAUAAUUUGAGGGCUAACAGUUUUGAUGGAAAUCAUUAUCACGAGUCCCUCAAACGAGCCCCUUAAAUAAGAUGGCUAAUCAUGUGAACAAUGACCUUAAAGUUAAGGGAAUGCUAUUUUAGAUUAUGGACCAUUGUUGCCUUUCAGAUAAUAAUAAUUUCAGGGUUGACUGUUCUGAUGGAAAUCAUCAAUAAAUAAGUCUCUCAAACGAGAUUGUUAAUCAUGUAAACCAUGACCUUAAAGUCAUAAGAAUGCUAAUUCUGAUUAUGGAUCCUUGUUGCCUUUCGAUUAAUAAUAAUUUUGGGUUGACCCUUUUGAAGGAAAUCAUCAAUGCGAGUCCCUAAACAAGUCCCGAAAACGAGAUGGUGAAUCAUUUGAACAAUGACCCUAAAGCCAUUAGAUUGCUUAUUCUAAUUAUUGACCCUUGUUGCAUUUUUAAUAGCAAUUUGUGAGAUGACCCUUUUGACGGAAAUCAUCAUUGCGAGCCCCUAAAUUUAGUCCCUAAAUUCUGAAGGUUAAUCAUAUGAACAAUUAUACCAAAGUCGUGAGAUUGCACAUUUAGAUUAUGAGUUUAUGACCCUUGCUGCCUUUCAAACAAUGAUAAUUUGAGGGCGGACACUUUUUAUGGAGAUCAUCAAUGCGAGUCCCUAAAACAAGAUGCUUAAUGAAGUGAACACUAAGACCCUAAAGUCCCAAGAAUGCUAUCUCUGAUUAUGGACCCUUGUUGCCUUUUGAAUAAUAAUUUGAGAGAUGAUCCUUUUGACGGAUAUUAUCAAUGCGAGUCCCUAAAAUAAGUCCCUAAAUCAUGAUGGUUAAUCUUGUGAACAAUGAUACCAAAAGUCGUGAGAAUGAGAAUACUUAUUAUGGACCGUUGUUUGUUUUUGAAUGAUGAUAAUUUGAGGUCUGGCCCUUUUGAUGGAAAUCAUUAAUGUGAGUCCAUAAAACACGUCCUUAAAGCGAAAUGGUUAAUCAUGUGAACAUUGACCCUAAAGUAGUGAGAUGUCUAAUUCUCAUUAUGGACCCUUGUUGCCUUUCGGAUAAUGAUAAUUUAAGGGCUGACCCUUUUGAUGGAAAGCAUCAGUGGAUUUCCCUAAACAAGUCCCUAAAACAAGAUAGUUAAUCAUGUGAACAAUGAUCCUAAGGUCGUUAGAUUGCUAAUUUUGAUUAUUUACCCUUGUUGCCUAUUUAAAAUAAUUUGAGUGAUGACCCUUUUGACGGAAAUCAUCAUUGCGAGCCUCUAAAUUAUGAUGGUUAAUCAUGUGAACAAUGAUACCAAAAGUUGUGAGAUUGCAAAUUCAGAUUAUGGACCCUUGUUGGCUUUCGACUGAUGAUAAUUUGAGGGCAGACCCUUUUGAAGGAAAUCAUCAAUGUGAAUCUCUAAAAUUAAAUAGUUAAUCUUUUAAACAAUGAACCUAAAGUCGCAAUAAUGCUAAUACUAUUUAUGGACCCUUGUUGCCAUUUGAAUAAAAAUUUGAGAGAUGACCCUUUUGACAGAUAUUAUCCAUGCGAGUCCCUAAAUUAUGAUGGUUAAUCAUGUGAACAAUGAUACCAAAAGUCUUGAGAAUGAAAAUUCUUAUUGUGGAUCGUUGUUGGUUUUCGAAUGAUGAUAAUUUGAGGUCUGACCCUUCUGACGGAAAUCAUUAAUGCGAAUCCAUAAAAUAAGUCCCUAAAGCGAAAUGGUUAGUCAUGUGAACAAUGAAACUAAAGUCGUGAGAUGGCUAAUUCUCAUUAUGGACCCUUGUUGCCUUUCGGGUAAUGAUAAUUUGAGGGAUGACCCUUUUGAUGGUAAUCAUCAAUGCGAGUUCGUAAAAUUAGUUCCUAAAACGACAUGGUUAAUCAUGUGCACAAUGACCAUGAUGUAGUGAGAAUGCUAUUCUGAUAAUUAUUUGCGGGUAGUCAUUUUUUAUGGAAAUCUUCAAUAGUAAUUGCUAAAACAAGAUGGUUAAUCAAUGUACCUUAAGUUGUGAGAAUGAUAAUUCUGAUUAUGGACCCUUGUUACCUUUCAGAUAAUGAUAAUUUGUGGGUUGACCGUUUUGAUGGAAAUCGUUAAAGUGAGUCCCUAAAACGAGAUGGUAAAUCAUGUGAACAAUAACUCUAAAGUCGUGAGAAUGCUAAUUCUUAUUAUGGACCCUUGUUGCCUUUUGGAUAAUGAUAAUUUGAGGGUUGACGCUUUUGAUGGAAAUCAUUAUAGUGUGUCCCUAAAACGAGAUGGUGAAUCAUGUGAACAAUGUGAGAAUUCUAAUUCUGAUUGUAGACCCUUGUUGCCUUUUGAAUAAUGAUAAUUUGGGGACAUUGUGAAAUUAUAGAGAGCACUUGGUCUGUCUUUGAUAAAGACUUCAACGGUUGCAACUGCUUGAUUGGCGGUGUGUUUGUCUCAGCCAUUUUGGGAACCCAAACUUUCAUUUGUCCAGCUGUCUAUUAAUUAGCCAUUUCUGCUUCAAGUUCAUAAAUGGUGGUGGGCCUUAUCUUGAUGUCUUGGAGUCACAUCUUUGAUCUCUCUUGAAACUCAAGAAUAGGACCUCCCCGUGUCAUGAAAAUGUCUUUUCCCCUUCUAGAGAAUAUCAAGAAACUUCAUACAUUGACAAUCUCGAAGAUUAGCCUCUCCAUCUUACUUUUAAUUUUGAACUUCAUCUUACGUACAUUUACAAAUAAUGGAUUCAGGUACGUUUUUACUUCUAAUUCGUAUUCUAAAGAAUUGAAAUGGUCUUUAUAAAAUUAAGAAUUUAGUUCAUCUCAUACAUUUCAAUAGUGAUGAAAUGAUUGAAUCUUUUCAUUCUCAAAGUAUCCAAAUUCUACACUAAGCCCUAACCAAAUAGGGGAGAACUCUUCUGUUCAUAUUCUUGGUCUAGAAUCAACCAUUACGCCAUUUUAGUCGUUGGUCCCUCCACACUACAAUACUGAACAAGGAUAUGUUGUUGGGCUUAAUAUGCUUAGAAAGGUAUAUCUAAUUCAAUGACUUUUUUUAUUGAAUAAUUGAAUGGCUAUGACAGAGAAAAAUAACUAUGAUAAUAGGCCCAAGUCGAGGCCCAAGCACAGAGGUCCACUGUGUUAAAGAGAACUAGCUUAAUUAAUUUCUAGCCCAUCUGGUGGUUGUUUUAAUAAUCCAAACCCAACCUAACGAGUUUAGAUAUUAUAUCAAUAUUGAACAAGUGAAAAAUUCUGACAACACUUAUUUAACGGUUUUUUUUCUUUCUGAUUUAGCGAAGUUUAUAUAUGGACUCCAUUUCCAAUUUAGUAGAAUCUACAUAAUUUUCAACCAUUUAAAGAAAAUAGCGUCGAAAAGAGAAUGUUAAAGUGAGUGUUACGUAGUAGCACUUCCUCUUGAGCAGUUUAAUUAUUGAGAUGUCUUCAGUCUUCUUUGAAAGAAAUGUCUCAUGUGAUGCAUUAAAUUAAUUGAUUCAAUAAUUAAAUAAAUGAAUGUAUUGUUUGAUAUUUAAGUGAAGUGACAUAACUCUUGAAUAAAGAGAUAUGACUUUAUAUGAAAGAAAAUAACUAUUGAUGAAGGACUUAAAACAUUGUCUCUAUCUCUGCCCAUAAAGUAAAAGUAUGUCUCUAUAAUUGUCAUCACGAAUGAAAGAGGAUAGAAGGAACGGAAGGAAAUAGAAGAGUUUCUCCAUUUUUGAAGAACAUAGAAUCUACACACAUUCUACAAGAUCAAAUGGGAUCAAUCACACUCAUGAAUAGAGGUUAGUACUCCAUAACCAUUCUUAUUGUGUGAAGACUGAAUUUUUAAGAUCCAUCUUCUACAUGCUUUAUGCUUUAGUAUGAUUAAGUUUACAAACUCUACUAAGAACAACAACAAUAAAUUGACAAAGAAAAUCAGGUGCCAAAAGUCCAGAAUGAGCUGCAUUAUACACCUUCUAAAAAAAUUGUCAAACCCCUGUUCUAUACAACAACAAUGUUGGAGCAGCGGAAGUAAAGUAGUGGAAAAUAUAGGAGAAGACUUGAACUUUUUAUUUUUCUGAUUUUCUUAAUGAAGAACUUACAAUGCUUCUCUAUUAAUACUAGAGAAUAGAGAAGAUAAAAGGAUGUAACUCAUGCAAUUACAUAAAAGACAUUAACCUCUAACAUUAUUACGUUUGUAACCAUUAAGUAUUAAUAUGCUUGUAACCCCUAAGAAAUGCAUAAAGACACUUAAACAAAAUGUAACAAACAAUUGCAAAUUAACUAUCAUUUAACAAACAAUGAACUUAAAAAUGAAAAAUCAGGCCACUAAAUAAAUGUCUACAACUAAUUCUCAUCCAUGCAUAAGGAAUAAAAUUCCUGCUGCAUAUUCUCCACUAGCUAACCUAAGAUUAGAAGGUCUUAUAUUCUUGUGGUUCCAAUUGCCUUGAACAGUAAGCACAAGUGCUAAAACUAUUACUACCUACCUGUCAGAUUGAAGCAUCUCCUAGCACAUUACAGACACCAUAAAUGCAUCCAUGCUAAUUGCCUUUCAUUUAGAAGCGUUUUACCUUCACAAUGUGCUUUAGGUUGAAGCUACGGAUUAUCUUUCUGACAUCCCUCCUAAUGGAGAAGAAUGCUGAGAGUAGCACAACAUACAUUGCUGGAUAGAUAUGGAUACCUGUAUCAUGACUGAAACCAGAUUUUCCCAUAAUCAGACCCCACAUCAGAAGUAGUAUUCCAAAAAGGCUCAUUCUCCCCGGUUUUAUCAAACCUGCUAUUGCUCCUCCCACAGCCAAAUAGCUUCCAGCCAGAACCUGCAAGAGGGACCCAAAAUGAAAAUGAAUACCAAAGCUAAACUUUUCAGGGUGUUUAUCAAUACUAGUAGAUGCAUUGUUCUCAGUAACUAAUCAAUUGUCAACCUCAAGGUGUUGGAGAUCAGAUGUGGCAGACAUAGCUCUUGCCCUAAAAUUAUGCAACUUGAGCAAAUUUGCAUAGGUUGGGAUGCUUUUCUGCUUGCAAAUUGCCUUUGCAAAAGCACCAGGGUAGAGAAGAGUCUUCACUAUGAAAAGAGGGAAGACCUCACUUGCAAUUAACUGAGAAGAUGUCACUUCUAAUGGUGUCUUACAUAUUCCCAUUCUACAUGGAACCCUGUGUAAUAAAUGGGGGCACUUUGAGAGUAUCAUCACCAUAAUGCAAAUAGAAUUUAAAAGCAAUACUUUCAUAACAUGAUGAAUGCGUCGAGAUACAAGUUCUCUCAACAAAGAAUCCCAAAGAGGUAAAUCCAACCUCCGGCAAAACAAAAAACAAACAAAUCAAAGUACACGAAACCAUUCAAAAGAUAGAAACCCAUAAUACUUUUAGAACUAUAUUUCAAGCUUUUGUGGGGUUAAUAAUUGCAGGAAUAAAGGGUUCCACACAUACAUUAUUAUCAUGACCCUGAAUCAGAGGGGACAAUGCAAUAAUGAACCCAAUUAAUAUUAGUAUACUAGGAGUAAUUUAUAACAAUGAGUGGAUUUUGCACCUCUUUCUGUUAGUCCAAUGAGGUGCUCUAUGAAUUGCUCUAAAUCAAAACAUCAGAAAACUAGUGCACAAAAAUUGAAAGAUACACAUUGGAAGAAGGUACAUUAACCCCAACAUGUGGAAAUUUAAUCCAAAAUAAUCUGAUUUCAAGAAAAAUACAAUCUUGUUUCUGACAGAAGAUUAAAAAAAUUAGAAAGAAAAUGACAAGAAACACAGUCUUUGGAUACAAACAAAAAUUGAAACAAGAGGCACAUUACAAAAUAGGGAUUUAAGGGAAAUGGUGUGAUACCUAAAAAUGGGAAUUUGGAAAAUGACGAUAAAGAAAUACGUUGAAAAAGCAAUGGAGCUUAUGAGGGUGGCCAAUCUUGUAGAAAAAGCCAUUGCAGCAUUUUGGAUUUCUGUUGAUUGAAAGGCUUUGUUUGUUUUACGUGAAGAAAGUGAGGGAAAUAAAAAAAAAAGAUGAAGAAGAAGAAGAAAAGAGUGAUAUUGUUAUGCAACAAUUAUAGACGAAAUGUAAGAACAUAAGGAUUCACCGUAAUUUUUGUUGACUGAAUUCCAACUAUUGUACAGUAAUUAAAUUUCAAGAUUAAAUAUAAGAUGAAAAUGUAGGCCAUUUGUAACAAAUAGCAUGCAUUGCUCCAGGCAUCUAUAUUUGUAUCUCGAAGAAAAAAUAAUUUAAUUCCAUAAAUAUAAAUAUUAAAAGGAUUUAUAUCUUGACUAUUAUUGAAUAUAAUAAAAUUUUGUGUGGUUGGGAUCUUGUUUGGUGAUCCAUGGAAUUUUUCUGGGAUUUCUUUAGGCGUUUUAUCUUUUAUGGUCGGAGUUUUUGUUCAAUCCACGUUGUAGAUUAUAACUUACUGGGGAUUUGUACUUUACAAUCUUUUUUCAGAUUGUUCAUGUAUCAAUAUAAAUCAUUUUUCUUUCGGGGAAAAAAAUCACCAACACAAUUGACCUCUAACAUAAAAAAUCAACCAAGUUCAAAUUAUUUAGCAUCUUCCACGAUCUAUGCAUCUUACAUUCACCCAACAAAUAACUACCGACAAAUCACUUUUAAUAAUAAUAUGCCUCAUAUUAUAAUGUUGACAAAAUAAAAAAGCAUGUAAAAUAGUUUUUACAUCCACUUCAAAUAAACAAUAAAAAUAUCAUUAUUUAUUUUAAAACUUAUAAUUACGAUUUAAAAUUAUUCAAUUUUAGAAAAAGAGGUACCUUUAAUUUAGAAAUGGAGUUUCCAAGAUUAGUUUAAAAUAUCUGCAUUUUUUGUAGUUUUUAUUUUAUAUUGUAUAAAAAAAAUUAUAUAAAAAGGAUGAGGUAGUUGUCUAUAUAUAACAAAGAUUCCAAGCCCACAAAAGUUUAAGGAAAGGAAAAUGGCUCUGUUUGUAAGAAGUUUUCUUUUACUUUGCAUGUUUAUGUUACCAUCAAUCUGCAAUGGUGCUUUUCAUAAAACACAUGUGAAGGUCAUAAAUUCUUUACAUGGAAAUUUGGAUCUAACCAUUCACAUCAAGUCUAAAGAUGAUGAUCUUGGAGUGCAUGUUCUCCAUCCGGGUGAUUUCUAUGAAUGGGGUUUUAGAACCAGCUUUAUUGCCUCAACAUUAUUCUUUGGUACAUUUCAAUGGGAAAAUGUCACUAAAAGGUUUGAUAUAUACAAACGAGAGAGGGAUGAGCCAACAUGCUCAGUGUGAUUGGUUUAUAAAACAAGAGGGGCCAUGUUUCAACGCAGUACCCGCGAGCCCUCAAUGUUAUCCAUGGAAUAGUACUUAGAAAUUGUUUGUGUUUGACUUUCGUAUAAAUGGAUUGAUUGUACAUCCAGGAUUGACAUAAGUAAAGAGAGAUGAAUAAAAUUAAAAAAAUCUUUAGUAUAUAUGUUUUCAUUGUUUU